AUGGCCAGAAAGAAAAAAGACUGGGUGCCCAAACAAGGAAAAUGGGACAGAAAAUCUUUAAGUAAAGCUGUUCAGUGUGUUAAAACGGGGAAAAUGACCAAGUUUAAAGCUUCUAAGAUAUUUGGCAUUCCAAGAACAACCCUGUCGAGGAGACUUUCAACAAUGGAUUUGGAGUCUCCAGCAUCAAAACCAACCACUCUGUCUAAAGAGGAAGAAAACUCUCUUGUUAGUCACAUUUUGGAGAUGGAGGAACGUGGGUUUGGUUUGACAAUAUCAGAUGUAUGUAAGCUUGCAUAUUCAAUUAUUGCACACUCAGGAAGAAAAAAUCCAUUUAAUGCAGACAAGAAAAUGGCAGGAUAUGACUGGUGGCAGGGAUUUCGAGACCGGCACCCAUGCUUAUCUCUCCGUAAACCUGAAGGUCUAAGUGCUGCUCGUGGUACUAUGCUUAAUCCAAAUGUAAUUUCAGACCAUUUUACCAAGCUAGGAGAUCUUAUGGAUAAACUCAAUGUAAAGUCAAAACCCCAGCAAAUAUUUAAUGCAGAUGAAACAGGAUUUAGUACAGUUCAUCUAACAUCAAAAAUUGUGGGGAGGAAGGGGAAGAAAGCCAUUCAUGCGAAAACAAGUGGUGAAAGGGGUGAAAACAUUACAGUUUUGUGUUGUGUAAAUGCUGAGGCCCAUGUUUUGCCACCUAUGGUGAUUUUCAAAGGAAAAAGAAUCAGUCAAGCUUUAAUGAGCAGUGCACCAAAGAACACACUGUUUGCAUGCAGUAAAAGCUCAUUUAUUGAUGGAGAACUGUUUGGAAUAUGGUUUGAAAAGAUUUUUUUGUCCAACCUAUCACCUCAAAGACCAGUGUUGCUGAUAGUAGAUGGCCAUGCCUCUCAUAUUACACUUCAUCUUCUGGAAGCAGCGAAGACAAAUGACGUUGAAAUAUUCUGCUUGCCGCCUCACACAACGCAUUGGACACAGCCACUGGACAGAAGUGUUUUGGGCCCUUAA